AUGUCCGUCAUCGAUUCGAAUCGGCCUCCGUCGACGAGUGGGAGAAUGCGGCGAAUCUUCUCGAGUUCGCAUUCACACAUAGGUCGUCCCAAGCACACCUCGCCGAGCCCAAACGCGCCCUCUACCAUACCCGGGCUGGGACGUGAGCUGUCCAUUUCGGAGAUCGGACAGGUUGCGGGAAAACUCGGUCGAUACCUGCGCAUAUUCUGUGAGCGUGUCUGUCCCUCUGCCAAGUUUAAAACUGUCUUCAUUGAACAGGACGACUUGGUAAGGCAAUGUGUGGACAAAGUUGUUCUUCAGCUUUUUUCUGAAGACAGCAAUGUUCGGGGUGGUUGUGCCCUGUUUGAGGUCAUUGGUAGACUCCCAGCACACUCGAGAGCCAUAAAUGACACCGGUGGCGUUAUUGAUCCCGGAGAGGUGUUCACUGAAUUGCAUGCUCGACCUCUGCCUCCAUUCGAUAAGAUUCUGAAUGUUUUCGCGUUAAUGACUCCGGCACCGGGGUUGUGUCGACGCCUUGAACUGCGAAAACAGCCUCGGGCCUCGUCAGUUUCCCCAGGAACUCCGGAGAAACUUGAUGUGCCUCUUAUACCCACACAGGCACCCACUCCUCCACGAACGCUAAAUAUACCCAUCUCGGGUAGACCCAGUCCCCGAAUGCCCCCCACCCCAACCACAGCCCCCUCCUCUCCCCACCUCCUUCUGGUCAAAGGAAGCAGACCAGAGAAGGACGCCCUUGUGCACAACUUCUCGACUAUCCGUCGCAGAGGCUCGGAGGAGGUGACAAUGGGCACUGCAGAAUACGACGACAUCCGCCUCUACCUUCCUCCGGAUGUGAGAAUCUCUCACGAGAAUAUAAUCGUCAAUGGAAACGGUCAUGCAGAUGUGACAUCUCCAAUACGCUUUCUUUCCAAGACUUUCCACGGUGGAAAAACCAAAGCUAUUUGGAUCUGCGUAUCAUCUGGCUAUAACGCAAUUCAGCCUGAAAGCCCCCUUACGGUUGUUCUUAAUUGGGAAACCUUAACAGAUGCCAGUAGCCUCCCGAUCAACAGAUGUCUGGAGCCAGGUGAUGUUAUCCGGGUGGAGUCGACGGUUUUGUCGUACGUCUUCAUCUUCAAGGACUCCGAGACGGUGCCGGAGCAUAAAUUAACUCUGGGUUUUCUGACUCUUCCACAACUGCCCCUGAUUGGCGGAAAGCCUCCAAUUGGACAAAACGGCAGUCGGUCUGCUGCCAGGACUGCGCGAAUCGACGCGCUCGUUCGCAAGACCUCCAGUUGCAGCAGCCAGAGCAAUAGCAGCACCAGCGCCUUUCCAGUUGCAUCGAGUGUGGAAUUUGUGGUGGGCAUCCUGUUUCCCCGGACUCAAGCCAAGAGUGGGGACAAUAAUUGGGGAGAAACCGGGGGUGUGUUGCCGGACGUCGGCGUGGCAGCUGGAUGCUUCGCUCACCUCAUCCGAUCGAUUGCGAAACGAGGCAUGGAGUUGGAUGGAGCCGCAUACGCUGCUCGUGCCAAUGAAGACCAGGUACUUCGCGAGGUGAACAAUUCGCUAACACGAGAACUUGAGAAACUCCAAAAGUUGGCCUCACAACACCUGAUUCCGGCGAUUUGGAAAGCCGCGUUCUGCUACUACCUGGCACAUUACCUCUCUCCGGGUUGGUUGAAGAACGCACCCACCACCCAGCCUCCAAUUCGCAUCAUCGAGCGUCGUAGAAGCCGACUAGGUAGCAACGAUAGAAGCAGCACCUACUCCAAUUCCGAGGUCUUCAACUCUCCGUCUCAGACGCCGAGCCAAGCACACGACGUUGGCAAGGCCUUCACAGGCGAUCUGGAGCAACUGCCCGUCCUGUCAGCACUGCGGGAGAAGGUUUCAGCUGAAUCUGAGUGCGUCAUGGACCGGGCUGUUCAACUCUCGUUGAAUGCUACAUCAAAGGAGGUGAUCAAACUCUGUCGCCUCAUCGGUGAUCCCGACACCUCAUCCGAGACGACAAGUCAAAUACAAGACGCUCAGGCGUCGCUCUUCGACGUGUUGGACUGGACUGGAGAUGCUAUUUCGCAGGCUCUGACAACACGCGGUCCCCACACGGAGGUGCUUACCGUGCCCUCCGUCACCAUCCACUUGAGCAAGGCCGAACCGUACACCUCGCCUGACGACGUGGACAGCGUCAAUGGCUCCACCGGACACGAGAGGAAGCGGAAUAACUCCAGUGUUAUCGAUUCGGAGGAGGGCGAGACCACGUCGCGAACCGGUGCCAGCUCCUCCAACGACUACACUCACUCCCCACAGGGCGAUGACUAUGACACCGGCAUUGGCAGCUGCACCACCUCUGGCUCAACCAUCACCGCUCAUCAUCACAUUGAAAGUGUCUUCUUUUGCCGCUACCUUGUUGGCCUCUCCAAGCUAAUCAUUGAGGAGUUUGUGAAUAAUCGAAAUUUGACAGUUGACUGCGACACAGGAAGUCAUCUUGUAAACUUGGUCAGAGCUCUCAGAGCGUGGAUGCGCAACGCCGGCGUGCAGAACUACAAAGAUGCGUUGCAGUUGCUGCACGACUUUGCGCACACAAUGUCUACCCCGCGCAGUGACCUUGUGUCUAUGUCAUGGAGGCAGCUGCGUCUGGCACACCCUAAUCUACCAUCUUCACUGCUUUACUUCACACUGUAUAAUUACGAAGACGGAAAAGCAAGAUACGAAGCGCCAGCUUGGCGCGUGACUGACAGUGACGCACCCAAAGGGAAUGCGCUUGUCACAGUGAAUGAAUACGUGAAGCGUUGGCAAGACACGGAGCGACUCUACACGACACGCAGACCUCAAAAAAACGAACCAGCCUAUCGACCUCCUGACUUGGCCACCUUAUUUAGCACUGUUAGGUCAAAAAUUGCGGUGGAAUCAUUUGACAGUAUUCUGGCCGAGCGCCGCGACACCUUCAGAUGGAGUGUUUUGCUGAAACACUUUCCACCAGCUGCUCUGGAGCCACAGGAGAAUAAUGCGGACGUGAAUUGCGCCACUCUCACCAACAGCGGGCAGUUGAGGAGCCAGGUGUCGGACAUGAUGCGACGCACAGACGAAAGAGGCAGUGAUUCGAGCGAGUUCCGCGACUCCGCCGAUUUCAACGCUGACACAGGCCCAAUCAAGUGGAGCCCAUCCGCUUGCCCCACGGUUCCUGCACUUCCAAAACCGACCGUCUCUAACGCCGAACCAGUUCGUUCCGUAUUGGCGGGUCGUCCUUACGCCUACCGUCGUUCUACAGUCUCGGAAUUGGGUGGAACUAACCGAGCGGGUCUGCAGAAGAUAGUUCCAGUUGCUGGAGGCGGUUUCCGCUCGCGCGCUGGUCCUAAUGAACUCGGGGUCUCCUCGCCGCAACUUCCAGACUGGUCGUCGGGCGCAAUGUCGGUCUCCCGGGCCUUCAAGAAACGCGGUCCAAGUAGCGUUGUCGGUGGAUUUCUUUCGGCCUCCAGCAUAAACGUCUCGCGGUCCGCGGAAUUCCGCACCACCACUAACGACGUCCAGAAGAUCCGCAAGGAUUGGUCCGAAUUCAAGAAGAACCUCUCACGACCCACCACGCCGUCCACCAUAGAACCCGACGCCAGGUCGCUAGCCGAGACACUCAACGGCAGCUUAUUGGUCAACGCGCCCGCCAUGAUGACCCAGUCAGAUUACAACUUUGCAACCCUGCCCUCCAGGCUACGUGGCGAAAGCGCCUUGUCAAUUAACGGCUGGAAUACGCACAGGUCUCAGCAGAGCCUACUCAGUGUUGACCUCGAGAAACCAGCACUCAUUAAUGUGCAGCUUGAGAAGGUAGCAAAUGAAUCCUACGGAUUGAAGAUCGUCGAGGGUCAUGUACGUUUCAAUUCAUUUGAAUUUUGA